GUUCGGACGACCUGCCAAGUGGCCGCGUUACCUCCGCCACCUGUGCGGUCGCGGUGCUGUCAUGGACCUGGGACCGAUGCGCAAGAAUUACCGCGGGGACCGAGAGGUGCCGCGGCCGUGAAGGGCUUCCCAGCCGGGCUCGGGAAGGAGUUCCCGUAGUCAUCUACCGAGGGGAGGGUUGGAGGAGCCCCUCUGGGCUUCAGGGGCCACCCUUGAGACUAGAGGGUUUGGGGGUCACCCUGGUGGGAGACGGGGGUUUCAGAGUCAACCACUUCUCGGAGAGGGAAAAACGUGGAUGAAGGCAUUUGAGGAGGCUCAUCUGAGCUCCUUGGACCCCAUGAAACAGUUUGCUUCCUGGUUUGAGGAGGCUGUUCAGUGUCCUGACAUCGGGGAAGCCAAUGCCAUGUGUCUGGCUACUUGUACCAGAGAUGGAAGACCCUCUGCCCGCAUGUUGCUGUUGAAGGGCUUUGGCAAGGAUGGCUUCCGCUUCUUCACUAACUACGAGAGUCGGAAGGGAAAAGAGCUGGACUCUAAUCCCUUUGCCUCCCUUGUCUUCUACUGGGAGCCCCUUCACCGGCAGGUGCGUGUGGAGGGCUCUGUGAAGAAGCUGUCUGAGGAGGAGGCUGAGUGUUACUUCCACUCCCGCCCUAAGAGCAGCCAGAUCGGGGCUGUGGUCAGUCACCAGAGUUCUGUGAUCCCUGAUCGAGAGUAUCUAAGAAAGAAAAAUGAAGAACUGGAGCAGCUCUACCAGGAACAAGAGGUGCCUAAGCCAAAAUACUGGGGUGGCUACAUCCUAUAUCCCCAGGUGAUGGAGUUCUGGCAAGGCCAAACCAACCGGCUGCAUGACCGCAUUGUCUUCCGGAGGGGCCUCCCAACAGGAGAUUCUCCUUUGGGGCCCAUGACCCACCACGGGGAGGAAGGCUGGCUGUAUGAGAGACUUGCGCCUUGACUCUGUACUCAGCGGGACUAGGUUCUAAGACAGGGUGUGGAAUUGGGAGCCAGGCCCUUCUUUCUAAACUCAGCCCAUUUCCUUUCCUACCCCUUAUAUCUAGGGCUCUCCAGGGCUCAUCCUCUGACUUCUCUGUAUUCAGUUGGGUCUCAGCUGCUCCGGAGGAGGGUUAACAGUGUCAUAGAGAAUCACAUAUGGGAAAGAUUUCUGUAAUUUUCUGGACUUUGCCUGUGGUGUCCGGAACAACUCCAUCUAGGGGUAGCAGCCCACCCGACUCCCUUUCUGGUGACUGUGCCCCUGCAACCCUGUUUCCAUGUGAAUCAUACUGGCCAAAGUUGAUUGGUCCCAUUGUAGGCACCUGAGGUAAUCUAUCCAAUCAGAUUUUCUUGUCAAUAAUUUGAACUUUGAAGUAUAGGUAAGCACUAAUGGCAGCCAAGAAAUUGCUGUUGUUGUAAUUCCCUGAGCUACUCUGGAUUAUUCUUCCCAUGUGUGCUGUGCAGUUCCUCCUUCUGCCCCAAAACUCCUUGGUAAGGGAUGGGGUGUGUGGGGUGGGGCAUGAGAGCUCCAAUUUAGCAAGCACAGGCCCU